UUGCAGUAUCCGGGAAACGGUGUCAGAGUGGGAGCUCUGUCUCCGGUUAAACUGUCGGUGACGUUUCCUGAUCCAACCGGUCAGUGAGUUUCUGCUGCUGCUGCUGCUGCUGCUGCUGUCUGUCGGUGCUGCUGCUCCUGCUGCCUCCACCUCCUCCUCCUCCUCCUCCUCCUCCUCCACCUCCUCCUCGGAGCCUGGAUGAACUCCUCUCCGCACCGUCGAUGCAUCCGCAGCGGCCGCGAUGUCAGAGCCGGUCCGAGUGGGGAGGAUGCUGAAGCUGUUCGGAGCCCUGGUUCUCCUCGGACUUGCCCUGGCGUGCAUCACCUCCUGGGUGCUGGACAGCUAUGACACGGCUUGGCACCCCAAACGGAGCGUUGCUGCAGGUGAUGGAGAUGGAGAGGACUCUCCUCCACCACCACCACCUCCACCUCCACCAUUCCCCGGCGGCGAGUUGAGCAACAUAUUCUGGUUUAUACAGGUGUCCGACAUCCACAUCAGUCGAUUCCACGACCCGAGACGCAUCCCUGACUUUGAGAAGUUCUGCACCGACACGAUCGAGGUGAUCAAACCGGAUUUAGUGCUCGCAACAGGGGAUCUGACAGACGCCAAAACAGAGAGUAAAGUGGGUUCCCUCCAACACGAGGUGGAGUGGCAGGCCUACCACAACAUCCUGAAGAGGUCCCGCGUGAUGGAGCGCACGCGCUGGAUAGACAUCCGUGGGAAUCAUGAUGCCUUCAAUAUUAUGUCCUUGGACAGCACCAACAAUUACUACAGGAAAUACUCGGCCAAUCAGAAAGUCGGCUCUUUCCACUACGUUCACAAAACUCCCUUCGGCAACUACUCGUUUGUCUGCGUGGACGCCACGCUCACUCCGGGGCCCAAGAGGCCGUACAAUUUCUUCGGUAUUCUCAACCAGACUCAAAUGGACCUGCUGGACACGUUCAGAGCUGAGAGUAUGAGGAGUAACCAGUCCAUCUGGUUUGGCCACUACACCACAUCCACCGUCGUCUCUCCCUCUCCAGGAGUUCGGGACACGAUGAGAUCUGCAGUCGCGUACCUGUGCGGCCACCUGCACACACUUGGCGGUCUCAUGCCCGUCCUCCACAGCCGACAUCCCCAAGGCGCCCUGGAGCUGGAGCUGGGCGACUGGAUGGACAACCGCAGGUACAGAGUCCUCGCCUUCGACCACGACCUGCUGAGUUUCUCUGACCUGAGGUUCGAGCAGUGGCCUGCGGUGCUCAUCACCAACCCCAAGGACGCGCAGUACCUCCACCCGGGAGUGGAGCCGCUGGGUCGGAUACGCAGAUCGACACACAUCAGGAUCCUGGCCUUCUCCGAGGCUCAGAUCACAGCCGUGCAUGUGAGCGUGGAUGGGGAACCUCUGGGGAAAGGCCACUCUGCUGGAGGUCCUCUCUAUGUUCUGCUGUGGGAUCCGUCUCUCUACCUCACAGGACUGCACACGAUCAGAGUUAAAGUGGAGGACUCGGCGGGCCGGACGUCGGUGCGGGAGCAGCACUUUACUCUGGAGGAAGACCUGACUCCGAGCUUCGGCUUCGUGCAGUCCUUCAUCCUCCUUACGGACCACUACAUCCUGGCCCGGGUGGCCUUCAUAUUUAUGAUGCUGCUGAACGUCGGUGUGCUGCUGGCCUUCAGGUUCCUGCGUGUUCCUUCAGGGAGAGGAUUGUCUUAUCAAGCGUGUAUGUCGCUCAAACUGGUCAGCACAAUGGACACCUUCUACUACUCUCUGCUGCUGUUCAACCUGUGCACAGCCUUCGGCCCGUGGUUCAUAGGAGAGAUGAUAGACGGCCACAGUGGUGCCUGCUUCGCCUUCGGCGUGUUCAUCGACGGACACUUCCUGGAGGGCAGUCUCACUUACGUCGUCGGAGUCGUUCAACUCCUGUUCUUCAACAUGCCCCUCACCUCGUAUCUGUGCUGGAGCCUCCACCACCGUUGCCGCGGCAACACCUUCCGAUCCCACUUCCUGCGGCCGGGCUGCCGCUGGCGGACUCUGGCGGUUCACGUUGUCAUGCUGCUGCUGCUCACCUGGCAGGCGCACUCCUGCUACUUCCUCCUGGAGACCUACGGCCCGACGGCCUUUCUGCUGUCUCCCGUCCGCACGUGGGCUCUGGGGCUCGGCCUGCUAUUGGUGUACCGCGCCUGGACGGGCCCGGCCCCUCUCCUCCGUGACAACAACAGCAAGAGCGUCCCUCCCUCUUGACAGUAAUUGCACUGUACCACCACCAUCCUCACCCCCCCUCCCUACCUCCCUCACCUCCUUCGAGCCUGACUCACAGAUAUAUUUUGCCGUCUCCAUCCUGGAAAAGCCCCCCCCGAUCAGCAGCUCUCCUUUCUUUCUCCUCUCCUUCCAAAGCCACCUCGCGGUACACCACUUCACUCUCCUGUUUCUAGAUAGUAUCGUUUACUUAAUAUGCAUGUUAUUGUAAAGCACCGGUGAGCACAUUUCUGGCCAUAUUCAUAGCAAUGUGUACAGUGUAAAAAAAAAAAAACACCUUGAAUACAUUGAGGGUAAAACAGCCUAUUUAAGCUAAAGGAGAUCUAGUCCAACGUGUGCCGCAGUCGACAGUAUAAGAGCUGUAUCCUGCUGUGGUUUUAAGCUGACUCAUUUACUUGAGCUUGCCUUGGCCCCCCCCCUGCCCCCCGAAUGCCACUUCACCACUGCCAAAGGAUGAAUAAGAAAGAUUUCACCUUUUAUUCUUCCCUCUGAAUGUCGUUUUCAUUCACUAAUGGACGUGCCAAAAACUCCCGAUCCUCGUGUUUACCUUCCGACAGACACAAAUCACGCGGAUGACAAAACGGUGUACGCCUCACUUUGUGUACCGUAAGCUUUUCCUAACCUCCCCUCCUCCUCCCCCCCAUGGCUGACAGAGCGCAGUAUUUACAACCCUAGACGAUCGCGUUUCCAAGUUUAUUCCGCAAGAUAAUUACAGGAAAUCAAAGGGGAGGAGAUGGUCAAAUCGAUCGAACGCCGUGGUCGACCUGCGUACAAGUAGUUAACGAUUGAUUCCCAAUGCGCACAACUGCCACUAAAAAACAAACAAACAAGAAAAACCACUAAAUAUUCGCGUUGAAUAGUCAUAUCAAAAAAAAAAAAAUCACCAGAACACAAACGGGCCAGACUCUGCGUGCUUCACUUCAAACGUGACUACAGGAAGCAGCUGUUUGUUUCUCAGGAAUGUGAGCACUUGAACAAUAGGCUGGUCCCAGUAGUAUUUCAGGACAAUGUUUUUUUAUACCGCUAUAGUAGCUCAGUGAUCGGAGAAAAAAAAAAGUCAUGUCAAACAAUCGAGAUGCGUGGUGGCAAAAAAAAAAAGAAAAAACAACAAAAUGAAUGUGUUAUAGAUGUGUUGAAAUGAAAUGAAGCAGCACACUAUGCUGUUUUUUUAUUUUUUAUUUAUUUAUUCCUACUACUGAUUGUAUUGAGUGAUUUUCUUUUUUUUCCCCUUCGUGUUAUACACCGGUCAAAAGUUAGGACACCUUCUAAUUCAUUGAUUUCUAUUUGUUUUUAUCGUUUUCUACACUGUAGAUGAACCCGAAGACAUCAAAACUAUGAAGGAGCGAAUAUGGAAUCAUCAGAUAAGAAUAUGUUUGAUAUUUUCAAAGUAGCCGCCUUUUCUUUCAUGACAGCUCUGCACACUCUUCACCUGGUAUAGGGUUUCCAACAGAGGUGCUGAGCGCUUGUUGGUGGUUGAUUUUAGAGGACGCAGCACUCUUUCUUGGUCAAAUAGUCCUUACAUAGCCUGGAGGUGUGUUUGGGGUCAUUGUUGUGGUGGAAAAACAAGUGAUGGUCCCACUAAGAGCUAACUAAAUGUUCAGUGCAGAAUGCUGUGGUUGCCAUGCUGGUCAAUCGUAGCUUGAAUUUGGAAUAAAUCACCAGCAAAGCAUCCCCCACACCAUCACUGCUUCAUGCUUCAAGGUGGGAACCACACAUGUAGAUAACAAGAAAAGAUGCGGACAUUGGAACCAAAAAUUUCAGAUUUGGACUCGUCAGACCAAAGUCCAGAUUUCCACUGGUCUGAUGUCUAUUCUUUGUCUUUCUUGGUCCAAGCAGUUCUCUUCUUCUUCUUGUUGUUGUUGGUCUCCUUCAGGCAUUGGUUUUUUUUGCAGUAAUCCAACCAUGAACAUCAGAUUUACACAAUCUCUUCCGACCAGUGGAUGUUCAGAUGCGUUUUCUACUUGAACUCUAAUCUGAGGUCUCGUUAAUUUUUGAUUUCUAAGGCUGAUAGGUAAACUAACAAAUUCAAAAAUCCUAAGCAGCAGAGGUAACUGUUGGUCUCCCGGAGUGUUUGAUGGUUUUUGUGACUGCACAUGACGAUGCAUUCAAAGUUCUUGAUAUUUUCUGGACUGACUGACCUUCAUGUCUUAAAGAUGGACCGUUAAUCCUCUUUACUUAGUUGAGUAGUUCUUGCCAUAAUAUGGUUUAAUCCAGUAGUUAAAUAGAGAUUUACUGUCUGAAAAACACAACUGAUGGUCUCAAACACAACAAGUCAUGGACAAGAAAUUCUACUAAUUAACUUUUGAAGAAGGCAGUCCUGUUAAUUAUUACAUACUACACUACCAAUACUACUAUACUGUACUUCUGCUAUAGAAGUAAUCCAGGUGUCAUGAAGAGUGUGCAAAGCAUGUGUCCACUUUGAAGAAUCUAAAAUAUCAAACAUAUUUUGAUUGGUUUACACUUAAAAAUAUUUAAAAAAUAAAGAUCAUUGAAUGAGAAGGUCCAAACUUUUGGUUGGUGCUGUAUCUGCACUGUAAAUGGACAUUUCUUUACCUCCCUCAUGGCCAGUGUAGUUAGGAAGCUAAAGGAGCAUUCCCUAAGUUGCUUUGUGUGUGUGUUUUUCGUUUCUGUCUGUAUCUGCUCCGAACGUUCGUUAAUUCCUUUGGUUAUUAGCGAAAGGUGUGCGAGCAGCUCGCUGACCGUCUGUUGCACUCUUAAUUCUUAGUCUGUAGUAGCAGGUGCUGGAUUCCACAAGAACAAACUGGUCUAAAAAAAAAAAGAGACAAAUAGGGUGAAGACCACAUUUAUCAAGUCUUUUAAUAGAAGCAAUGUUCCAACAUCCAUACCCAGCAUGAGUGCAGAAUAAUUGCUCAGUGCUGUGAUAAGGCAUGCAGUUUAAUAUUAGACCAGCUGCUAGACACUGAGAAAAUUAAAUUAUGUGCACUUUUGCUGGCAAUGGUUUUAAUAACUUUUUUUUUCUCCCCCCUCUCUCUGCAUAGACAAGUCUUUUUCAUUUGUACAGGUCCAUCACCAAGUAUAUAACUCCAGCAUAUAGAUAGAUAUUUAAAAAAAAAAAAAUUGAUCUUGUUAAUGGAGAGUUUCUCUCUUCAUGACGACGCUCAGUACCUCUUUACAAGCUGUGCAAUCUGUCCACACGGAGGCAGUAUUGAAUGGAUUUGGAGGAUCGUGAGAGAUGACUGCAUUUCACUUCCACUUCCAGAUUAUGCAUGGGACAGUUGUUUAUUUAGAUUUUUUUUAUUUUAUUGUUAUUGUUUUGUUUUUUUGUUGUUGCAGAAAAGCACUAAAUCCUGUCUCGAUGAGACGGUUCACUGAUGUGCACUCAUUAUGUUUAACUAUGAAUCUGGUUGUGAUUGUUCUGUACUGUACACUGAUUUGACUGUUCACAAGAAAAACAGACAUCGACUCCACCACCAACACCACCACCACCAUCACCAUGAAGGAAUAUACUGUAAGUGAUGUGCUGGUGUUCACUUGACUUAUUCUGCAUCCGCUCUUGUGUUCAAACUCUAUACGGUAUACGGAGGGAACAGAUGAUGAUGAUGAUUUUACACCUGCCACAUAUUUUUCUCGUGACAACUGAAAUUAGAGCCGACCACUAUUUUAUUUUAUUAAUGGUUUAUAGUGCUGUGGAAUAAAAUGUUCAUUACAGUAAAUCAUA